AUGAGGAACUACAAGCCUCUGCUUGUACACUUUGAGAACCACGCCAGUGAUCCCCAUGACAGGGAAGCGAGUGCAGCCAUGAAGGGGAGGGCAAAGCUUAUGCUGAAGUCUCUGAAGCAGUACAGCACACUCCUCUUCAUCCACCUCAUGCUGGAUAUACUUCACGAACUGAAGCAGCUCAGCCUCUUGUUUCAGAAAGACGGCCUCACACUCCAGAUGGUCUCGGAUGGGCUGCAGACUACAUGCAUGUUUUUUGUAGCUAUGCAGACAAACCCAGGCCCAAGGCUGCAGCGGUUCCUGACCGAAGUUGGGACUGGAUCCAACUGGCAAGGGGUUGAGAUCAACAGGACCAGCACCGAUGAUGACAUCUUUAACAACAUCAAGCUUCGCCUCACCAACAGCUUCUGUGAGUUUGUGUCAGAGCGUUACGAGAGUCUCGAGACUGGCAUUCUGAAAGCGGUUUCGACACUAUUCGACUUAUCCAGUUGGCCAGAAGACACCACCGCCCUGGCUACAUUUGGCACAGAUGAACUAAAUGUCAUCAUGGAGCAUUUCCGCCCAGUCCUGGAGCCAUGCAAGGACUUUGUAUCUGAGGAUGCAGCAAGGCGAGAGUGGCUUGACCUCAAGAUCCUGGUUGCCCGUCGCUACAGGCAUCUCGAUUCCCAGGUGCUGUGGCAGAGGCUUAUCCAGGGUGCCAUUGGAAGAGCCGGUCAGUUCCAGCACAUGCAGGUGGUAGCAGAGAUCAGCCUUGUCCUCCCCAUGAGCAGCUCCUGCUGCGAGCGUGGUUUCUCGUGCAUGAAACGGGUGAAGUCGGACUGGAGGUCUCGCCUAGCAAAUGACACUCUGACCAGCCUCAUGCUAAUCUCAAUGCAUGGCCCUCCUCUGGACGAGUACAACUCAAUAAAGGCAGUCACUAAAUGGUGGAGUACUGGCAGAAGGUCACGUAGACCACAGUUCUGCGACUGA